AUGUCGAAUACAUCUAAUUCAGAAGAUAUGAUAGGUGAAGACAACAAAUCUUUACUGGAGGAAGAGGUAGAAGCUAUGCCAUUUAACGUUGCAGGUUCUUCCACCAGUGUUCCUGUUAUUCCUUCAUCUGAUCUUCCAACGGUCGAGGAAGUGUGGGGAUUUAAUGCCGAAGAACUUAAUGGCUUUUUGAAAAGGAGGUUAAACAACAUUAAUAGUCACAUAGAUACCUUGACAGCUCAAAAAGUCGAUGGUGAAGCAUUUCUUAUUUUAACGCAUGAAGGUCUUAAAGUUUAUGGGAUACCUCUUGGACCAGCAAUAGAAAUUGUUGAGUUGAUUAAUGACAUUCAAGGAG